AUGACCCCAUCUGGAGUCUUGUGCCUCCUGGGGGCGUUAAGCCUCCAGGUGCUUUGGCUGAAGCCACCAGGGGCUCAGGGGGCUCCAAAUCCUGAUAACUCCCACUCAUCUAGCCUAGUCCUACCUCAGACAGCUCAGCCUCUCAGCCAGAAGCGCCUCAAAAGAGACACCCACAAACCAGCUGCCCACCUUGUUGGAGACCCCAGGGCCCAGGACUCCAUACAUUGGAGGGCGAGCACAGACCACGCUUUUCUCCAACAUGGCUUCUCCCUAAGCAACAACUCCCUGGUGGUUCCCACAAGUGGCCUCUACUUCGUUUACUCCCAGGUUGUCUUCACAGGAACCAGCUAUCUUCCUAAAGUUCCCCCAACCCCCCUCUACCUGAGCCAUGAGGUGCUCCUCUUCUCCUCCAAGUACCAGGUUCAUGUACCCCUCCUGAGUGCCCAGAAGUCUGUGUGCCCAGGGCCCCAAGGGCCCUGGAUGAAAUCAAUCUACCAAGGAGCUGUGUUUCUGCUCACCCAGGGAGAUCGGCUAUCCACUCAUACAGACGGUAUCUCUCACCUGCUCCAGUCCCCUAGUAGUGUCUUUUUUGGGGCCUUUGCACUAUAG